GCAGGGCUCUUACAGAUCACAAGCUCUAGUGCGAGUUUUGAAACAAUAUUCGAAAAGGCGUUUAUUGGUUUUGCCUACACAGACCUACGUUGGUUAUCUCAAGCUCAGAUAGUUUAUCAAUUAUCUACUGUAGAUAGCACGUGUAGAAUGGCAGCCUGCAACCUAUCGCGUUUUUCUUUGUUUGUAAUCAGCCUUCUCAGCAUCUGGACGAUCAUGGACAUUUUUAAAAUGAGUGAUGCCGGCGUUUUGGAUGAUGAAACUGGCUUUCGCUUCGAAAUGAUGGAUCAAGGCAAUCUCCAACAAAAGAGAAAAAUAGGACUCAGACGGUUCCCCAAGAUGGUGCCAGAUAAUGGAAUGUUUCACUUCGUGCUUAAAGAUAUCGCCCAAGAGCUCGUCCAUCUUUUAGAGGAGGGAGGAUUAAGCCUGAGCAGCACACACAGGGACACCAUCCAUGACAAAAUCGAGAGCAUCUACGAGAGGAGCAAAGAUCAUCCGGCACUGGAAAGCGACCUGAUCGCCUACUCGCCAAAAAAACCCGACUACCACCAGUACACCCCUGACUCGGUGCUCAGGACCCGCGCGCAAGAAAGAAGAGAAAAACGAGCCUAUCCGGGUGAGAUUCACGAGGUGUGCGAGAGCGGGGAAGAAUGGGAGCGCUUGCCCACCGCCAACCUGAGGAACCACACGCUGGUCAAGGUUCUCCCUGGACUCCGAUUCCACAUGAGACAGUGCACCUCGCAGAGUGAGGAUUCAUCUUGCAUUGGCAUCAGUCCUGGCUUUGGUGUGACUUCGUGCCAAACUACGGGGACCUGGGUUCGUGCGUUGGUGUGCGGCGGCUGCAACUUCAACACCGACCCCGACUGUAACAACAGGUGUCCCGACGUCCGCGAAUUGUACCACUGGGAGUUGGUGUAUACACCCACCUGCUGCAAAUGUGCUUACUCGUUAUUUUAAGUAGUAGAGGGCUACCACUGAACGGAUUUAGGUUAGUGCGCCGGCACAUAAUAUUUUGAGGUGCUUUGGGUAUGUGUUUUUAAGGCACGCAAUUACUGUAAAUUCAAAAGGUAGUGUCAGUUUGGCACCUGGAGUUCCUCACGUCUUACGAUAAAAGUUGGUCAAUGAUGUAAUUCUUCGCUUUUGUUGCUAUUUCUGGUCAGAUCACACUCGUCAGAGUGCGUCUGUUAUUCUGCCUUCGCACUAUUGUCCAAUUCAACGCAAUAGGCGCUCUUUUGGGCUACAAUUCAAAGCGUUAAAAAAGCAAGACAAACCUGUUUACGCUGUUAACAUCUGGAGAAAAAACUUAAAUGUCUCCCUUCACUAUAAACCUCUUUAUUCUUAAUUUCGUACUCAAAGUGCGAGUUCCUACUAUUUGUUGAAUUUAGCACGUAUUAGCUACUAAACGGACCUCCAAGGUGUCCUUUAAUGUUCGAUGUACCUUAGCAUGCACAACCCUAUACUCAAAUAUCACCUAAUAUGAAGCACGCACAGGUAGGUCAAUUACAUAUGAAAUACUUUUAAAUAUAUAUAUAUAUAUUCAUCUCAAGAUACUUUCACCAAGCACAUGUGCAGUUUAUCUAUGACGUAAUACAUGCCAUGAACUUCUUAUUUGCUAAGCUAAAAGAGGCAAAAAUAUGUAUCAAAUUUUACAAUGAACAACAAUCUAUACUUUAACCAUUUGUUUUCCUAGCUGACCACAAGAACACUUAACGGAGCACUCCUAAUCUAAAUUAAUUCAUGCACCCACGCAUUAUAGGUAUCAGUCACUCAAAUACCACGAAAUCAUGUUUAUUUAACUAAAGGUCAUGGUUUGUUGUUUUGGUCCUUUUCAAAAUUCCCCGAAUUAAACUUAUUAGUAAAAAAAACUAUGUUUAAGAUAUGACGUUUUUUCAUGUUAACUGCUGGCCGAUGAUUUUUUCUUAAAGAUUCGUCGGUACACAAAUUGUGGCCUACUGAUAAAGCACUUCAAUUCUAUUUGUUAGAAACUCAAGCUAUUUUUAUUUCUUCGCUCCUUUCAAUUUCCAUCCAGGAAGGGACCUGUGUGCUCUCUUGCUGUUAAUUUACUUUAUACAACGAGAUUGCUGGCCAAAUACACUGAAUUAUGUAACUUUAUUGAGAGCUUAAAGGGGUCCGGAUUCUGGGUCUGAUGAAGGUUGUUGAUCUCAGUCCGACUGGCACAGCCGCGAUCGGCCGGUUCAGUAAAUAUGUAACGAAGUAACGAUCUGUAUCUGUCCAAUACUAAAAAGUACGCAUCUCAAUUUCCGAUGCUUAACGAUUCUGUUCGGUACAUGGUAAACAAGAGACGGCGAUACAAUUUCAAGGUAAAUAAAAAACAGUGGACUCAUAAUUCCUAAAAAUGCAGUCUCCAUUGUUGUCUCUCGAGCCAAAGCAGAUAGCCAUAACAAUUCUCCACGUGUAUCCGCCCUCUUAACACACAUUGGUUAGAGGACAACUUUAUAAAGCCGAAAGGCCCAGGUGUUUUUUUUAGGUUUGUUGUCUUGGUUUUCAACGCACACGUUCAGUCAAUUACUAUACGGAAUUUAUUUUACCUUCUAAAAAUAGCAACAGUUCCUUAGCGUGAUCGGUAAGCUCUACAGGUGAGACUGUCCACAAAGUGCACGUUAGCAUCUUCGUAAAGGUACGGGGCUAGUUUGGUUGAUCUCGGCGACCAAGACUUGGGAUGCUGCCUCGUUGCUCCCCUAAAACAAAAGUAACACAUUUUCGCUUUUGUGUUCAACGAGCACAAUGCCGGGCAUCAUUGUUACCAAACCCGAAAUACCAGAAGUAGGCCUAUACUCUCUAAAUUCCAAAGAGUGAAAUGAGGGA